AUGAUGCGGAGCGCAAUCCAGGAGCAGAUGGCCAUUCCGAGCGGCGAACAAAGGCUCAUUCUUCGAGGAAGGCUUCUGAACGACGACAGUCAGACAAUCCAAGGCGCCGGCCUCAAAGAUCACGAUGUUCUACAUGUGAUACAUCACGUGCCACAGCCUGUUGAAGCUUCGACAACAACACAACUAGAUCGUCAACGACUUGCUGCAGCAAAUAAUGGAUUCCAAGUGCGGUUCCACAUGCAAAUAAUUCCGGAUCUAUCUGAGCAAGCUGAAGGGCAGCAACAGCAGCAAAGAAGAAUUGAAGUACGGCAACAGGGAACACAUUCCCAGAGAAGGGGAAAUGGGCAGCGGCGAGAGGAGACUCCUCCACAGAGAGAAGGAAGUAGGCAACAGACAGGGGCUGAACAACAGACGCAGCCAGAAGUGAUUGAACGUCAGGGAACUGCAAAUACGAGUACUGAAAUAAUUUCUGAAGCAUUGGCCGCGAUGUUAGUUGGGACAAUAUUCCGUUCCCUGCUAACAAUCCUACAGCGCCUUAAUGAGGAAGAAGAACCUUCCACAGCCAGAGAGAUUGGAACGACGACUAGCGCUACUCAACUGGAAACCUCUGCUGGAACAUCUAACGAAUCGGUUGCCUCUUCAGGAACUUCUAAUGGAACGGGAACUUCUACGAUAACUUCUAACGAAUCAGUAAACUCUGCGGGAAACUCCAACGCAACCGGGACCUCUGCGGGAACUUCUAAUGUAUCGGUUACUUCUGUGGGAACAUCUAACGAAUCGGUUGCUUCUAACAACAGAGAAGGAAUUUAAUCUGAAGUGCAAAAAAGAAUGAAGCAAAGGAUGAUAAAUGUGUAAACU